AUGACGUCCAAUGAUAUUGCGUUUCCUCGACGGGCUUAAAACACUUUCUCUCGAUCAGUAUCUCAUUCACGUUCUAUUCAACGUCAAAAUAACCAUCUGUAUUCGUUAUAUUAUUUAAUUUGGAGAGAAUAGAUUUAUUUGAAUAUCUGGGGCCAAUAUUAACAACUACUUGUAGAUUGUGCAUAAGCUCGUAGUAACCCGUGUUGUGGAAGACCUUCGAAACACAAGUAAGUAUCAUGAAGGGUCAUUUGGUAUUGACCCUGUUGCUGGUGGUAUCUUCUGUUCUUCAAGCCUUACCAGUUAAGGAAAAGAAGGAAGAACAUAAGGAAGAGGAAGAAAAUGCAGGAGAAGAACAUGGGGAAGAUUGGGAGCUUAACUUGGAAUAUGGACGAUAUUUAAAAGAAGUUGUCCAGGCCUUGGAAAGUGAUCCAGUCUUCAGGAAAAAAUUAGAAACAGCAGAGGUUGAUGACAUAAAGUCUGGAAAAAUUGCUCGAGAAUUACAUUUCGUUGAUCACAAUGUCAGGACACAGCUUGAUGAAUUAAAACGGAGAGAACUGGAACGACUUAGACACUUGGCUAUCAAGGAGCAUGAGAAAGAGAUAGGAGUAGAUCGCAAUCUAUUGAAGGCUCCCUUACACAUUGAUCAUAGAAAUCCCACAAGAUUUGAAGUAGAAGAUUUAAAGAAAUUAAUUGUAAAGACAACAGAAGAUUUAGAAAAAGUAGAUGCUCAACGGCAGGAAGAAUUCAAAAAGUAUGAAAUGGAGAAAGAAUAUGAGCGUCAGCAACAGUUGGCAGCUAUGGAUGAAGAGCACCGGAAGGCAGCAGAAGAGAAGCAUACAGAAGAUGUCAAGAAACAUGCACAGCAUAACAAGUUACAUCAUCCAGGGUCUAAACAGCAAUUACAAGAAGUAUGGGAAGAACAGGACCACAUGAAAGCUGAUGACUUUAAUCCUAGUACUUUCUUCCACCUACAUGAUUUGGAUGGAAAUGGGUACUGGGACCAGGUAGAAGUGAAAAUUCUGUUCCAGAAAGAAUUAGACAAGUUGUAUGAUCCCAAUGCCUCAGAGGAUGACAUGAAUGAGCGUUAUGAAGAAAUGGAGAGGAUGCGUGAACAUGUGUUUAGGGAAUCUGAUGUUAAUAGGGAUAAUCUAAUAAGCUUUGAGGAAUUCAUAGAACAAACCAAAAAGACUGAAUUUGAACAAGAUGAAGGUUGGAAGGGUCUUGAUGAACAGGAGAUUUACUCACAGCAAGAGUAUGAAGCCUAUCAGCAUCAAAGAGAUGAAGAAAUAAGGAAGUUAGUGGAAUCUGGAGCUAUCCCUCCCCCACCGGGGUACUAUGGCAGUCCACCGGUCCAACCAGCUGUUUACCAAGGUGGACCCCACCCAGGGCUCCAUCCCGUUGAUGCUGUAGGAAUACCACCACCUCAGGCUGUCCCUGUGUAUGGGGUCCAGCCCCAGUUUCACCCUAAUGCAGUUCCCCAGGGUUACCAGGGUUACCAGGCUGUACCACAGGUAUAUCAGGCUCAUCCACAAGGUUUACAGGCUGUGCCUCCAGGUUACCAGGUUGUACAACCUGGUCAGGCACCUCCCCAAGGGUAUCAUACUUUAUCAUCUGGUCAGGCUAUUCCCCCAGGGUACCAACAAGUACCCUCUGGUCAGGCUAUUCCCCCAGGGUACCAACAAGUACCCCAAGUGGUAGCCAAUAACCAAGCUAAAACUCAGGGUCAGGCUCAGGCUCCUGUCCAAUAUAUUCCUCAAGAGUCACCUUACCAGGUUCCAGCAGUGGCUACUGGUGGUCAACAGCAGCCUGUCAUAGGCCAGCCUGUGGCUGGGCAGCCAGUAGCAGCACAACCUGUUCAAGGCCAGCCUGUAGCUGGUCAGCCAGUAGCAGCACAGCCCCAGCCUGUAGCUGGUCAGCCAGUAGCAGCACAGCCUGUAGCUGGUCAACCAGUAGUAGCGCAGCCUGUUGUAGGCCAGCCACUAGCAGCUCAGCCAGCACCAGUUCAACCUGUUGCUGCCCAUCCUGAACAAGGUCAGCCCAUUCCUGGUCAGAUCGUACCGGCUCAACAUGGAGGUCAGCCCCUUGCUGCCAACCAAGUUGCUGGACAGCCAAUUAGUCAACAGCAAAUUGUAAAUAAUAUCCAAGGAAACGCAAUACAUUAAUACGGAAUUAGAUUUUUAGCUCAGUUAUGUCAAAGUUGAAUGCGGAAGGAAAGUUUAUCUGAGAUUAUGAUUUUAUAUCAGGUAACAGUUUUGACCUAAACAUUAACGAUUAGAGUUUUAUUUAGGUUGACGGUACAUCCAAUUGUUUCAGACAUUUUAAGAGUAUGCAGGAAAGUUCAUCCCUCAGUCUUUUAACUUGGUCUGAACAUUCAACUUACAUUGGUUUGAUGGAAGUAUUUUACAUCAUUUUUUUUUACUAGUUUUCCAGUCCUAGUUUUCCUUUGCUCAAGGUUGAAAGGCAUUUGAAGUGAAAAGUUAGUUUGUGGAAUACAGAUUUACUUUCAGGGAGAAUGAAUUUUAGGAUUAGGUUGUUGAAAUUGUAUGUUCACUUUCAAAUGGUUAUGAAGUUCUGAAUAACUAUUUGUCAGUGAUAUUCACAGAAUUUUGAAUUGUUCAAGACUGGUCGUAAAAAAAAUGCAGUAACGAUAAUGUCCUCGAAUCACAUAAUGGAUUAGAUUUAACAAAUUCAUCCUAAAGCACUUGAGUAUUUUUCCAGUAUUAAAGAAAAUUAUUUAUUCAGUGACUUGGAAAGGUUAGUGAAAAAUAUUUUGUGAAAUAAUAUUUUGUGAAAUAUUUGCACAAAGUAAAGUAUUUUCUUUUAGAAAUGCAACAAUACAGUUAUAGCAUAUCAUACAACAUUUAUUAAAUAUCUUUUCCCAAAAUAGCAUUGCAAUACUUUUCUUGAGAAAUAUUCGCAAAUCCGCUAACAAGUCAGACUUUCAUGAAAAACUGAAAUUCAUUGAUCUCAUAAAUCGAGACGUGCUUGGGACUAGAGUGAUGCUGUUCCUGGAACGUAGAAUCAUAACUUCAAAUUUGUCAUUCGUCAAGUACUCUUACACGAGUUCAACAUACCUUUGGAUUAAAGUAAGAUAGCAAUUGUAGUUUCCCCAUUUAUAAUUAGGAGGUUAUUAUAAGAUUAGUCAAAAAGUCUUGGACAUAAAAUUCAAAAUGCAAUACUAUUGGAAAGUGGCUGUAUGGUGUGGGGGACAGGUAUAGGAGGGAAUUCAAAUUGUGUGUUAAAUGUUACAAAUCAUGUCACAAGAUAUGCUCCUGAUUACAAAAUUUGGCUUUUUAACAAGGUUUUCAAUUAUGAAAUGAUCAGAGAAAAAAGGAAGCAGAAGGAGGAGGCAGUAUGUAUUGUGUUGGAAGGACAGAUCCUGAAAGAAGUAGAAUAUUUUGUGUAUCUUGGGGGAAUGUUGGAUUAAGUAACUAUUAUUAAGAGGGCUUUAAAAAUGUGUAUGAACAGUUUGGAUGUUAUGUAAUAAAUGUCUAGACAAUUGAUAAGUGCUGUAAGAGUAUCUCAUUAGUAUAUGGAAGAAAAAUUUCUGUACUACUCUGUGCAGUAGACAUGGGCAUUUCACAAAGAACGGGCAAUUUUUAAUAUAACUGGGAAUACACAAUGAUAACAUUCAUGGUUGGAAUGCAAUGGGAAAGAGUAAAAAGUAUAAUGCCUAGAAACUAGAGAAUAGACAGUUAUCAGUGUUUGGGAUGGGGUGAUUAUGUGACGGAUGGGAGAGGAACAGUUGCAUAAGUAGAAAAGCCUUUGUAUGAAAGUAUUAAGAUGAAGGCAAUUAGGAACGUUCAGAGAAUCAAAAAGGGCACAGACAAAGACCUGGGCAAAAUGAAAUAUAGCUUUGUGUAAGACAGAACAGUGACCAGCAAACUCCUUUCAUAUCUAAUCAUAUAGUAUAAGGAGGUCAGUCAUUGAAAUGAUGUUGUACUAAUGACAUGCUGUCGUGGAUUUUGAGAGUUUUGCUCUUAGGAUUUCUUUUCCCCAUGUAAUUCCAUCUAUAUUGUUAGUGGAAGUGACAGUGACUCAUUGCUGGCCCAUACAUAUAUUGUAAAACUUGUUAAAAGAAUGAAAGGUAAUAUAACAUCCUUGCCAUGAUCAGUCUAUUAGUAAUUCAUAUAAUUCUACUGUACAGAUCAAUUUUGACAAAGUUAUGUCAUUUUUAUCUUGUCUGUUCAAGAAAGACCUAAUGGCCCUGGUGCUUCUUAUUCUCCAAUUGCAAGAGGCUUUGCAACUACAGUGUUCCCCCCAUAUUCAUGGGGGAUGGGUACGAGACCCCCCGUCAAUAGUUGAAACCCUAUAAAAACUUAAAACUGCUUAUUUGUUAGUUAAAACUCAAGAAAAACCCACAAAAAAUUUUUAUACCUGGUUUUUUAAUAGUUUUAUCACAAAAAGUGCAUUUUAUGAUGAAACUUAUAAAAAACCCAGGAAUUUGUGGAUAUUUAUCAUAGAAAAAUACCGCAAAUAGGCAAAGUUUCUGUGAAUAAUUGGGGUAUGUGUUCUAGAGAGAAAUCCAUGAAUUUGUGAGUCCGUGAAUACUGGGGGUUCGCUGUACAGGUGUUGACAAAUUCUACAAUGCACAUCUUACAUGAGCUUCCAUUUGGUGUUUUUUGCCCUGUACAUGAUGAUUAAAGUCCUCAUGAUAAGUGGCAUAUUAAGAUUAAUGAUUAUAAUUAUUAGUGGUAAAAGAAGGAUGAGAUUGUGGGAAGUCAAGGUUCUAAAGAUUCACUGUCAGCUGUCCAAAAUUCCUCUUUUUACUCUUGAAUAGAAAAAUAGUAAAUUGCACAUGAGAAUUGGCUCUCAUUACUGUUCUGUUUUUAAUUUAAAUGCUUGUCAACACAAAACAAGGAGGAAAUAAUUUGUACUGUAUUGUUGAACAGAGAGAGUUGAGUGUGUAUCUUGUCACUGUGAAGAGAAAAGUAAAUUCCCAAGAAAACAGUGGAAGUUAAACAGACCAAGUAGUAGUAGUAGAUGUAUAAAUGUCAGUGUUAUAGAUAUUUUCAUCUAAUUCUCAGUUUAAUUUUGUACGUUUUGUGCUGAUAAAUUAAGUUGUGAUUUCAUUGAUCUGAUUAAUUUUCUAGUACAUUAUUGUUCUUGAGUUGUAUUUAUUUUAAAUUUUAUACUGAAUUUUUAAAAUUAUAUCAAACCUCGUUAUCAAUUUUGAUCCAAGCUGGUUUUAAAAGUAAUGAAUAAAAUUAACAUUUUUAAGAAAA